UCAGUACGCGCGGAAAUGUUAGCCACAAACGAUCGUCAAUUGGCCAAAGAGUCGAGAACUCAGCGGCAGCAGCUGCAGCAACAGCAACGGAUGCUGUACGAAACACGUUUUGGCGUCUAUUUGGCCGCUACUCGAACAAUAAUUUUCGGCGCGCUUUUUCUGCUCACCUUGAGCAUUCAUUUUGAUUCGAUCGCGGCGCGAACUGCGGAUGUGUUGAAAGUGGAGCUGCCGCAUGGCGGAGUCCUAGUCGGCCGUCAUCGUGUCUCGCACAAGGGUAGGCAUAUGCGUGCCUUUAUGGGGGUGCCAUAUGCGUUGCCGCCAGUGGGCGAAUUGCGCUUCAAGCCGCCUGUACCAUAUGGCCCAUGGGUCGGCGAGAGACAAACUAUACAAGAUUCACCAAAGUGUAUACAACGUGAUCCCUAUCGGCGUGACUUAGAAAUCGAAGGCAGCGAAGAUUGUCUCUACUUGAAUGUGUACACGCCUGAGGAUCUUCCCACCCAUGACCCCCUACCAGUCAUGGUCUAUUUUCACGGCGGCGGCUUUCAAUGCGGUUCCGGCAUCAGCAGCUUUUAUGGCCCAGAAUUUUUACUCGAUCACGAUGUUAUAUUGGUUAUCGGCAACUAUCGCGUCGGUCCACUCGGUUUUCUCAGCACUGAAACGCUAGAUUGUCCAGGUAAUUUCGGAUUAAAAGAUCAAGUCGAGAUCUUACGUUGGGUCCAGAAAAAUAUUGGCGCUUUCGGCGGUGAUCCAUCAUCGGUGACGAUCUUCGGUAAUAGCGCGGGUGGUGCUAGCGUCACAUACCACAUGCUCUCGAACUCGUCCAAAGGCCUCUUCCAAAAAGCCAUUGCACAGUCGGGUACCUACUACAAUCCAUGGGCGCAACCUCAAUAUAAGGGCUUGUCGGCGAGUCGUGCACGCAAAGUGGCGCAGUUGGUGGGCUGUAAUGCCGAGGCGCAAUGGCCAGAGCUUUUGCAUUGCUUACGUGGCAAAAGCGCCAAAGAUGUCGUUGCCACACUCUACGAGUUAUUUGAGUGGGAUUAUGAUCCCAUGGUGCCAUUCCAACCGGUGGUAGAGCCUCCACAUGAGGGUGCGUUCCUCACAGUUUGGCCGCGUGAUGUCAGCUUGCCACACGGUUUCUCUUUGCCACUCAUGAUUGGCGCCACUUCAGAGGAGGGUCUGCUCAAAACUGCGCCGUUACUCAAUCUGCCUGGCCUCUUGGAUGAAUAUAAGCAGCAAUUUGAUACAAUUCUACCCAUCGAACUGCAAUACGAUCACCAUCCGCCGGAAGUACGCGAAGAGAUUACGCGUAAGAUUGAAGAAUUCUACUUUAAAGAGGGACACACCUAUAACAAAUAUAAUCAUCAAAAUUUGACCGAUGUAAGUUUGUUUAAGAAGAGUGUUUAUUUCCUAACACAAAUAACGGUGUUACUCCUCCCAGCAAGUUUCUCAGAGCUUUUUAAAGGUGGAAGAGAGGACUAUUAUGGUGCUUGUCAUGCCGAGGAGUUGCAAUAUCUAUUUCCAGUAGCAAUGGAGUUGUUCGUCAGCGCCUCGCCCACAAAAAGCGAUAUUGAACUACGCGAAGCUAUUCUGCAGAUGUGGGUGAAUUUCGCCAGAGAAAGCAAUCCAACGCCGGCAAACUCUCCGCUCCCACACUGGAGCGCGGCAAAGGGUUAUCCUGUCAAUUAUGCUCGUCUAGGUCACAAAACACCUGAAGAAUUUACAAUACUACAAAUGGAGCGUAACUUGUAUGGCGAUCGCUCUGUGCGCAACUUAUUCUCAAACAAAAUGAUGAAAUCGACCAGUGUUCUAAUACUUUUUCUCUUUGCGUGGAUUAAUCUUUACGCCUUGACUGCGGCGCGUACGUCCGACAUUUUAAAAGUGCAGCUACCGCAUGGGGGCGUACUGGUCGGGCGCCAUUUGACCUCUCAUAAAGGUCGUCAUAUACGAGCUUUUAUGGGUGUGCCUUUUGCACUGCCACCCGUUGGAGAUUUGCGUUUUAAGCCGCCUGUGCCAUAUGGCGCUUGGACGGGAGAACGGCUGGCUAUACAAGAUUCCGAAUUAUGCAUGCAUCGUGAUCCUUUCAGACGACAAUCGGAAAUCGUCGGCAGUGAGGACUGUCUCUACCUAAAUGUGUACGCUCCAGAGGAACCCAAAACUUCGACACCACUGCCGGUUAUGGUGCAUAUACAUGGCGGUGGCUUUGUAAGUGGCUCUGGCGUAAGCAGCUUCUAUCCGCCAAAUUAUUUGCUCGAUCAUGAUAUCAUACUCGUUUCGGGCAAUUAUCGUUUGGGUCCACUCGGUUUCCUUAGCACUGAAACUAUAGAUUGUCCUGGCAAUUUCGGACUGAAAGAUCAGGUGGAGGUUUUGCGUUGGGUACAGAAAAAUAUUGCCGCAUUCGGCGGAGAUCCGAAAAGUGUGACAAUUUUCGGUAAUAGCGCAGGUGGCGCUAGCGUAACAUAUCAAUUGUACUCAGACUUAACGAAAGGUCUCUUCCACAGAGCUAUCGUUCAAUCGGGUACCUAUUUCAAUCCGUGGGCACAGCCAGAGCAUAAGGGCGUUGCCGCAAAGCGUGCUCGAGAGGCGGCGCAAUUGGUUGGCUGUAAUCCAGCGGAGAAAUGGCAAAAAAUACUGCGCUGUCUACGCACCAAGAAAGCUAGCGAUAUUGUCGCUACGCUUUAUGAAUUUUUUGAAUUCGAAUUCGAUCCUAUGGUGCCAUUUCAACCGGUCGUGGAGCCAACACAUAAGGGCGCCUUCCUCACCGUUUUACCGCGCGAUGGCGUAGUACCACAUGGUUUUUCCUUACCACUCAUGAUUGGCGCCACCUCCGAGGAGGGUUUGCUUAAAACUGCGCCGUUACUCAAUCUGCCUGGCCUCUUGGAGGAAUAUAAGCAACAAUUUCAUACAGUUCUACCAAUCGAACUGCAAUACGAUCAUCAUCGGCCAGAAGUGCGUGAUGAGAUUACGCGAAAGAUUGAAGAGCUCUACUUGAAGGAAGGCCAUAACUAUGACAAACGCAAUCAUCAAAACCUUACCAACCUCCACUCGGACGGUUGGUUUUUAGCUGGUAUUGAUGAGUAUAUCCGCCAGCGGGUGGAGGCUCAGAGCUCCUUAGAUUUGCCACCCUUCUACGUAUAUCUCUUUGAACAUCGCGGUCCAGCGAGUUUGACGGAAGUUAUAAAUGGUGGAAGCGAAGAUUAUUAUGGUGUCUGCCACGCUGAUGAAUUGCAAUAUCUCUUUCCGCUGGGACUCAAACUAUUCAUAACCGCCUCGCCAACUGCAAAUGACUUACAAUUGCGUGAGGCUAUACUUCAAAUGUGGGUGAAUUUUGCCACAGAGGGCAAUCCUACGCCUGCGCAAUCUGCUCUUCCUCAUUGGGAGCCCGUGACUGGAUAUCCCGUGAAUUAUGCCCAUUUGGGACACAAAAUACCGGAAGAGUUUACUAUACUACAAAUGGAACGUGGUAUCUAUAGGAGUCGCAUGGACUUCUGGCGCCAACUUAAAGCCCACAUCCCGGCAGAGCAGCGCGAAACAAAAUUGAGAGACGAGCUAUAGGCGAUGGAUAAGCAAGUUUUACUUAAUGCCUUCGCGUUCGUUAGGUAUAUCGUUGUAAAAAACUUUUCUGUAGCAAUGCUGAAAACAAUAUUUAAUAAUUUCUUAUGCCUAUAUAAAUUCGAAGUCGGGUCACAAGUUUAAGCCUGUACAUUUACUAACCUAAUAAAUUUUUUCUUUAAAAACA